ACCAGAACAGUUCCACCGUCAAUAAAUAGCAGAAGAAGAAGACGAGCGACGACAAACCAGAAGUGUUCAGGAAGUCAGUUUGAUAUUUUCUACUUGGAAAGCCAAACAAAACCAAACCUCAAAAAUGGACAAAAUCAUUUCGGACAUGAAAUGCUGAUCGAUGCAGCACGCGCCUGAAACCGGACGUGACGACAACAACGAUGCGAGGAACAUUUCCCGACAGAAAUCGUUCCCAGCGUUAGCUAACUCAGCUAAGCUAACUACAACUGCAUCCGCUGGAAACUGGUGGAAACUGAAGACUGAAUUGGACGUACCGCCUCUCCAUGGUUGAAACCACGAGCUGAAGUCCAUGUGACACCUUUAACGGACCUCUCCAGCACUCUGGGUGCGGUGUUGUUGAGACGCAGACUCUUUGGUGGGCUUCCGUUGCUUUAUCAUAGAAUGUGGCUGCAGCAGAGACUGAAGGGGCUCCCAGGCCUGCUGUCCAGCAGCUGGGCCAGGCGGGUCCUGAUCGGGCUGCUGCUCUUCCUCAUCUUCUACUGGUACCUGGGCUCAGGGGGCAGGUGGCGGUUCCUCAGUGGCUCUGCCAUGCCUGGGGGUGCGGCGGGGCAGUGCCUCCAGGCUGAGAUCCACAGGUGGAGCUCCAUCGUGGAGCGAGGAGAGGGGGUGUACAGCUCCCCUGAGGAGGUGCUGGACAUGCCCUUUGUGUCCGGUAACGGCCACGUUCUGAUCGACGUCGACUCAAACAAGUUGUGGGUGUCGUCCUCCUCGCAGCCCGGCUCUGCCCCAGUUCAUCAGACGGACUACUCCCCGAUCAUCGGGGUCCACCUGGAGGACGAGCGGGCCGUGGUCCGGGCCAGCAUGCUGUGGUUCAGAAAAGGAGCCGUGCUGUCGGUCCGGUGCGCCUCCCUGUCGGCUGGCCAGUCCGCCCGGGACUGCGUCUCCAUCCGGGAGGAGUUCAUGGCCCACCGGAGCAGACCCAACGUGUUCCUGCAGAGAAUCCAYGUCAGCAACCCGUCCGACAGAACCGCCACCCUGGACGUCGGCUCCGACGGCUCGGCCCGAAGGACCAAGUUCUCCUCCAGCCUGGAGAAACUGGAGAACCGAGAGGUGGAGCUCUCCUCCGGCAGGGUGCAGGUGGAGAACAACCGCAUGGUCCUGGUGGUGGUGGUCACCAAAAAGCUGAACAGCAGGAUCCAGGUCCCCGCUAAGUCCGAGUUCCAGGACAACAUUGUGUCCGUGGUGUGGACCUCAGAGCCCAUCGAGGCCUCCAAGCUGGAGGAGACCUUCAGCUCCCUCAGAGACGGAGCCAAGAAGGAGAUGGACGAUCUGCUGAGGACUGAAAUCAACAAACUGGUUCAGGAUCACCAGAACGCCUGGAUGGCACUCUUUAUCUCAGGUGUUGAGAUGAGGAGGAUCACAGACUCCCACACUCCCUCCAGCCGUACGGUCAACACCACGCUCUACUACAUCCUGUCCUCCACGGCGGCGCCGCUGCUGGACGACCGUCUGAGCAGCGAGGAGCGCGUCCGCCUGGAGUCCAGCCUCAACUACGCCGACCACUGCUUCAGCGGCCACGCCACCAUGCACGCCGAGAACCUGUGGCCCGGCCGGGUGAGCAGCACCGCUCAGAUCCUGCAGCUGGUCACCCUGUGGACCCUGACCCUGCAGAAGAGGGGCUGCAAGGUCCUGGUGGCGGCCGGCGCCCACGGGGCCAUGCAGGGCAUGGUGCUCAGCUUCGGCGGCCUCCAGUUCACCGAGAACCACCUGCAGUUCCAGGCGGACCCCGACGUGCUGCACAACAGCUACUCCCUGAGGGGGAUCCACUACAACCGGGACCUGAUCAACCUGGCGGUGCUGCUGGACGGCGAGGGGAAGCCGUUCCUCCACGUGUCCAUGAAGCAGCAGGACACGCCCAACAAGCUGUUCGCCUGCGAGGCGGGCUGCCUCAACGAGCCCGUGGAGCUGACCUCGGAGGUCAAAGGUCACACCUUCCCCGUCAUGGUGACGCAGCCCCUCACGCCGCUGCUCUACAUCUCCUCCGACCUGCAGCACCUGCAGGACCUGCACCACACCCUGCACCUCAAAGGCAUCCUGGCCCACGAGGAGCACAUGGCCAACAGGUACCCGGGCCUGCCCUUCCUCUUCUGGUUCAGCGUGGCCUCGCUCAUCAUCCUCUUCCACCUCUUCCUCUUCAAACUCAUUUACAACGAGUACUGCGGCCCGGGAGCCAAGCCCCUCUUCAGGAGCAAGCAGGUCUUUGGUAAACGUGAGGAGGACCGCCGGGACUCGUUGGAUUCUGCAUGAGCUCAGGUGCAGCUGGGGGGUCGGGGGGACCUGCUGGUGCUUGUUUAACCACCUGCCUGCACUUUUAACCACAAUAACCCCCAGAACCAUGAUGAUGAUGAUGAUGAUGAUGAUGAGCUGAAAUGACUCCAGAACAGCAGCUGUUUGGACUGAAUGUGCAGCUGGACUCUGGAGCCGGUCCAGAACCAGAACCAAACAGCUGUUCUGAAAAUAAAAACAAACUUCUGCCUGAUGGGAAAAAUCUUCACUUGAUUCAACGUUUCAUUUUCAUCCGUGCAAAAGUCUUAAUCCAGCCUUGAUUUAGCUGCAGCUCUUCAUGAAGGAGACUUUAGAACCUGCAGAAGUCCUGUCUGCAGUUUUUAACACGUUAAAAUAAAUAAACAGGUCGUCACAAACGUGCAAAUCAGACAACAGCUGCUAAAAAACCCCGCUGAUGAAUAAUAAUUUAAAAACUGGUUCAGAUCUGCCUAAUUUUUUUAUUAAAGUCAAAUAAAAACACUCUGAUUUUAAAACAUAAAUCUGAAGCAUUAAAGCAACUUUAUUAAUAUAAACUUUAAUGUUUUAGUCAAACACUUAAACCAAACGUCACCUGUCAGAUCAUUUUAGUUUGUGACUCGAGUUCCUUUAAACCCAUUUUAGAUUUUAAUUUAAGUUUUAUUUUAAACCAAUCCUCUCACAUUCAGCAGAUUUUUUCUUCACAUCAGAAACAAAAGAAAUUUUAAGGUUUUAUUAAAACCAGAUGGAAUUAAACAUGAAAACCUGACAAAGGAGUUUGGAUAAUAAAACCAACAAUUAAAGACUUUAAAUAUGUUUGUUUCUGAAGUUAGAACGAGACAUUUUCUCCUGAUUUGAGCACAUUGUUGUUUGGGUUUUUAGGGACAAUUCUGUCAGUAUUCAUAAAUACAUUAAGGGUUGUAAAGAAGGAAAUUUCACAAUAAAAGAAGUUUAUUCCAGCUGAAACACAUUUAGGAUUUAAAUGUUUGAGCCAAUCAGCUGCUCUGUUAGGAUGUUGGUUUGUUGUUGAACUACUGAGUGCCUUAAUGAUUAUUAAUUUAUUCAGUUUGCAGUCAGAGGGAUUUCUUUCUUUCUUCAAUGUUUUGUGAUGAAAUGGUUUUAAUUCUGGGGAAAAUAAAUCUUUGAAUUGAUGUGAGAA